AAGCAACAUUGCCGGUCAGAAGCGCCCGCUGGAGGAGAUCCCGGGCGGCGUCGAGGAAGCUCCAGCUGCAAAGCGAACUCGUUCGCAGCACUUCCCCGUCGCCCGGGAAAGCCAGAUUCGAUCGUCGUUGGAUCUGGACGCCGAGCUGGGCGGCGUUGACAGAGACGACUCCUCCACGGCCGACAUCGAGGAGCCUUCCCGCGUCUCGCGUUCCACGCGCGGUGAAGUCCUCGAGAACAACGACACCUGCCGGCAGUGUGGUCGCAUUGGGCAGCUUAUUUGCUGUGAUGGGUGUGUCAACUCCUAUCACUUCUCCUGCCUGGAUCCCCCCCCUGGACCCAGCCAAUCCCCCCCGAGGGAGAGUGGUUCUGCCCGUCGUGCGUGA